ACGAAGCAGGCAGGAGGGGAAGUCUAGGAAGGCGAGCGCUGGAGUCUGAUUCCUCCCCCUCGAGGGAGGCCCACCGCCAGCUGCGAAGAUGAUGGAACAGGUGUUUAAGGGGGACCCCGAUACCCCGCACUCCAUUUCCUUCUCGGGCAGCGGGUUCCUCUGCUACUAUCAGGUGGGGGCCGUGGAUGCUUUACGAGACCUGGCGCCCCGCAUGCUGGAUACUGCCCAUCGCGUGGUCGGGACGUCAGCCGGCUCCGUGGUGGCUGCCCUGACCGUGUGCGGCAUUGGCAUGAAUGAAUAUCUCAAAGUCUUAAAUACUGGUGUGUAUGAGGUCAGGAAAUCCUUCCUGGGACCAUUUUCCCCUUCCUGCAAGAUGGUCCAGAUGAUGAAACAGUUUCUGUACCGAGUCCUGCCUGAGGAUUCCUACAAGUUGGCGACAGGAAGGCUUCAUGUGGCCCUUACCCGGGUGGCAGACGGUGAGAAUGUGGUGGUGUCUGAAUUUACUUCCAAGGAAGAGCUCAUUGAGAGGUAUAUUGAUGGAGGUUUCACUGGAAUGCAGCCAUGUUCCUACUGGACAGACUCAAUUACCAUCUCAGCUUUCAGUGGCCAGCAAGACAUUUGCCCCAGAGACUGCCCAGCUAUCUUCCAUGACUUCCAGUUAUUCAACUGUACCUUCCAAUUCUCCUUGGAGAAUAUUGCCCGGAUGACCCAUGCACUCUUUCCCCCAGACCUGAUGGCCUUGCACGAAUACUACUACCGGGGAUAUCAGGACACGGUUUUAUACUUGAAGAGGCUAAAUGCUGUCUACCUCUCAUCCCCGACCAAGAAUUUAAUAUUCCCACGGGUGGAAGUGUUCUGUUUUGGAAAUCUGACCCAAUACGGAGAAGGGGAAGUGACUGAUGAGCAGCAGCCAGAGACCACACAAGCCAGCUGGUCAGAACUCUCGAGCCACACUCUGCAGGAGGCCACCAAAGGGACCGUGAAGGACCAUGCUGGCCCACCUCACUUCAAUGUGGUGCAGGCACCUGAAUUCGAACCUACCCAGCUCCUUUUAUCACCACCCAUCCAGUCAUCUCCAGUGUCAAUUCCAUCACCCAUAAAAUCACCUGUGCAGUCACCUGUAACACCUGUGGGGCUUCCUGGCUCAUCCCCACAUGGCUUGUUUGUUGACUGUCCUGUGUCAUCACCACCUGAACAGUCACCCAUAUCACCAGUUGUUCAGUCCAUGGCACAGUCACUUCCAUCACUCAUACAGUCAUCCAUGUAUCUCUCCCCUGUGCAGCCCCCCUCCUCACCUAUAGAUUUUCCUUUCUCAGCUCUACUCACGCAGUCACCUCAAUCAUCUUUUGUGCAGUUGCCCAUCUCACCCCCAGUACAGUCACCAGUAUCAGUGUCUGGGAGGUCACUUCCUUCACUCAUAGUGCCAUCCCCCACAUCAUCCCCCACGUCUCCAGCUGUGUUAUAUCCUCCAUCGGCACCCCUGCAUUCACCCUUAGCAUUUCCUGCUCAGGCAUCAUCCAUGGAGGACAACGCCACACCCCAGCCCCAAGCUUUACCCAAGACUUCAAAUCAGAAAAUCACUGUAUUUCUGGUCAAUAUGAAGGAAGCAGUCUCCAAGCCCUUUGUGAAGGACCACUCUGUGGAUGACACAAAUUGGGUGAAUAAGUUGUUUGGAAGGACCAGCCAUGACCCAAAUGGCAGCAGGAGAGACUUCUCAAGACACCGAAAAUCAAGGCGAGCAAGGAAGACAGAGGAGUCUUCCACCUGCCUAGUCAGCUCAUCUCUACUUCCCACUUCUGGUACAGUUUGGGUGUCCUACCGGCCUCAUCCCAUCAGCACAUGUCAGACAUAUGACAACCCUCAGGUAUCGACACACCUCAAGAUGGACCAAAAGUAGCCUUUUUUUGUGAGUUUGUGAGGAGCUUUCUUCUGCCCCCUGUGGUGUUCUGGAUUGACCACAACUCACUCCUCUCCCAUGACUGUGCUGCUGGUUAUGGAAAAAUCUGGCUUUCAUUUGGUUGGGAACCUCUGUGUCAGGAUACCCUUUCAGUGUCCCUGAGCAUCUGAGCACCUCUGCCAAGACAGAUCCCUCUUACGCUGAGGGAAAGAAAGCCACCCAAGUGGGCAGUUAUUCUCAGUGAAUCAACAGUGUCCCGGAGAACCAACCCCUGGAUAGGAAACCCAUGGGGCCCAUUAUGCCUCAGCGGUCAGCAGUCCUUCCUGUUUCUAGUGCCGGCAUAUUCACUUUACUGCCCUCUCCAUUUGGUGCUAU